AUCCUAAGGACUUUAUGCUACGGGCCUGAAGGAUGCACGGUGGGCCGUCUGCCAGGCAGCUGGACGGACAGCAGUUUGUCAUCCAGGACUGUGACAACUGUAAGAUCUUCGUGUUGGACCACUCCGCCACCAUCACCAUCGACGACUGCUCUAACUGCUGCUCGUUUGGGCCGGUGAAGGGCAGUGUGUUCUUCAGGGACUGUAAGGAUAUCAAGUGUGUGGUGGCUGCCAGCAGUUCAGGACAGGGCUGUCAGAAGAUGGAGGUGUUCCUGUGCUGCGCCACUCAGCCCAUCAUCGAGGCGCCCACGGGGAUGAAGUUCGGCUGCUUCCAGUACUACUACCCCGAGCUGGCCUUCCACUAAGACGCAGGCCUCAGCAUCUUCAACAACAACUGGAGCAACGUCCAUGACUUCACGCCCGUCUCAGGGACCAACUGGAGCCUGUGCCUGAGGACACUGUGGUGUGGACCAUGUUCCGGCCCUGACCCGGAGUCAGAGUUUAAAUCAGUCCGGGUCUCAGCUGAGGCCCGCAGCAUCGUACCCAUGACCAAAGGAGGCAGACGCAAGGAGAGUGACGAGUCCUGUCUGUUUGUGUUCUUCGCUGGGGACUACACCACUGCUAACGCCCGGAACUCAUUGAUGAG